AUGGACCAGCACAGCCAUGGACAACGCGGACAUGUCCAGCAACCAGCGGCCUCUGUGGCCUAUCCCAACCCGUCAGCUCUGGAUCCCUCGGCAAAAGCACUCGAAUCACGGCCCAGAGCACACUGGACCUCUGAAAAUAGGCCAAAGGAAAUAUUUACCUGUCAACAGUGUUCCAAGAUCUUCAACAGACGAGAAAAUCUUAGUCGUCAUGUGAAAACACAUGAUGCCUCACCCUCCCAUUGUUGUAAGAAAUGCGGUAAAGGUUUCUCGAGGAGUGACCUUCUGAAGCGCCACGAGGCUGGCCAUGACCGGUGGGACCGUAAAGGCGUUGAAGAGCGUGACGAAUCUUCCAAAAGGAGAAAAGUCAAUGCUGAUGUUGAAUCUCCUUCAUCGUCGUCGAGCUCCUCCUGGGUAGCAGCGAAUAUGAGUCAUGUUCCUCCAACGCAGAAAUCACCGGAUGGCGGUUUCCCAGCUAGCAGUAAUGUGCCCUCUGCACACUUAUCUUCAACAGAAAGUCAACAAUUUGGACAGCAUGCGGCCGUUUCUCAGGGUUACCAAUUACAUCCCGGACAAGCACCCAAUUAUCAAGCUCGAGGUCAUUUGAAUCAAAUGCAAGGCCAUGCUCCCGCCCAUUACCCCCUAACAAACGAGCAGAUUUACAAUUUCGAUUCAAUGAAUACAUCAUUCAUCCCAUUCGACUUUUCAUCAUUUCUUCUCCCACCGGAUCUGGAACCCCAACCUGGAAAUGAAUGGUUCUCGCAUGACUUCUAUUCCGCAAUGCGUGAAAAUGGGAAUGACUGGUCUGGCCUUGGGGAGAUGAUGGAGCCGAACACUGUGACUCCUCACCAGGAAUAUGACAACAACUGGGCUCAAGGUCAACAGCAGUCUGCUGGGCAACUGCACGUUCAGCCUGCUCCUGGAAUCACUCAAGACACACAAGAACGCUUAGAUGAGGGCCAACAGGGGACAGGAGCAUAUAUUAGCCGUGUAUCUUCCCCGCCAAAUGAAGCAUCAGAAGAAGACAAAUGGCCAUUCCAAUGGAAUCCAAGCUCGACUCCAAUUCUCAAAGCUCACGCCAUCGAAAUCCCCGACAGCCAUCCUUUGUUCCAAGCCCACUACUCGCGGUUCGACAUCUCCGACACAACUCUCCUCAGACUUCGAGCUUUUCUCAAACCACCAUCUGGACGAGAAUAUCACCGAUCUCAGAAAGGCUCUUUUGUAUUGCCAUCCCUACCUGUCGUCAAUAUCUUUAUACGCAUAUACUUUGAACGGUUUUCUCCUCAAAUGCCAGUCCUUCAUCACGCGACAGUCAACACCAACGAGGAUUUACCAGCGCCGUUGCUUGCUGCUAUCAUUAUCAUCGGCGCAAUCUAUUCUCACCUAAAGCAUACACGGAGGUUCGCAAUUGUUCUGUUGGACAUUGUGAGAUGGCAUCUGCAAAUAGCAAUCGAGUGCGACAACAGUCUCAUGAGAGACCCCAUGAUCAUCUAUGCUGAAGCACUUAUAUGCCAUACCGGUCUCUGGUGCGGCAACAAACGAGCCUUCGAACUGGCAGAGGUAGUUCGCGGGUCUCUCGUCACCCAUAUACGCCGCGUCCAGUUCGGUGAACGAUUAAUUACGGCUGAGAGGGCUCCUUCACCCCAAGAAGGGAAGAACAACCUGAACCCAGAGUGGCGAGAAUGGAUCGUUGAAGAAUCUCGAAGAAGGCUAGCAUGGGUUGUGUACGCCAUCGAUUGUCAGUUUCCAUCCAUCCUCAAUCUCCCAUCCACCAUCUCUAUCGGGGAGGUGUGCAAUCUCGGAUGCCCUUGUGACGAUGAGUUCUGGUUUGCAACGUCGGCCAAAAACUGGAAGAACCUCUUGGGACCCGCUUCGGUGCCACCAUCGCGGUCCUUCUCAGCUGCUGUGGGACCCUUUAUUCUAGAGACGUUAAUAACUGGAGAUGCGCGACUACAAGGUUCUGGGAGAGUGAGCAAGCAUCUCCCCAUACUAAAUCUCAAUCCCUGGAGUGCGUUUCUUGUUCUGUUGGCGGUUCAAAGUCAGAUUUUCGAGUUCUCCCAGGACUCACUUAUCACGAGGACGUUCAUAGACGACGGGGAGUCAUCGGAUGAGGAAAAUGGUUCUGGGCAUGACAACGAGCCUGCCCAGGAUGGUGGGUAUGAAGGUGAUCUAACGAGAAUGCUGAGGAAGCUUAAGCAUCGACGUCGAUUGCAACUUGCAGAUGCUCUUGCUUCAUGGGGCAAAGCAUAUCAAGCCCCCUCACAUUCAAAUACCCACAUGUCAUCCCGCCAUUUUCACGCUUGCUCAAUCAUCGUCCACCACCUGAGCACAAUCCUCCUCGACAUUUCCCUCUCAGACCUUCAAAACGCCAUCGGCAAGGAAGGCACAACUGGCUCCACGAGAGCAUUUACCAAACUUACAAAAUGGGCUCGUAAAUCCCCUCAAUUGGCAGAGCAAGUCGUUUGUCACGCUUUCAAAACUAUUAUCAUGCUUGCUCCAGGCAAAGAUAAUGGGGACGGAGGGAUCAGAAAUAUUGAUACAGCGCCUUACAGUCUGGUCACCAUCUUCCUGUGCCACAUUGUGGUGUGGGCGUUCGCAAAUGUCUCCACGCAUUCCCAGAAACUGCAAUUAUUCUACGGGAUUUCCAAGAACAUGGAAUUGCGAUCAACAGCCUUUUUCUAUACUUUACAGCGCAGUUUUGGGUUCGAUGAACAUGCAGCACAAAGACCAACGAAGACGGGUCACGAAUAUGAAGAUCAGAAUGAGCAGAAUUCGACAGCAGCGGCAAAUUUGAUGUUCAGGAGUGCAGCGGAAAUGAUGAUAGGACUCGGAACUUGGGGAGCUGCUCUGAAUCUGGCUCAGCUGCUUCAUGAGCGGGCUGAGAUGUGA